AUGGACUUAAAAACAAUCGUUUUUCAUCAUGUAACAGGAAUUUUGUUAGCAUACGCUUUUGAUGAUUUAUCCUACAAUAAACUCGCUACCCAGUCACAUACACACAUAGGCACUGGUAACGCAGCUGGGAACGCAGUUGAUAAAAACAGUACAACGUGCAUGAGGACACAACCCAUAGGGCACAACUCACCUGACAAGACUGUGUGGUGGAGAGUGGAUCUUGGGAGAGUGUACAGCAUUUACAGAAUUAACGUGUUUUUUAGGAGCUGGGACGGCUAUGAGAAAAGGCAACGAGGUCGUUUUGCGGGAUUCUCUUUGCAUGUAUCAACCACUGGUGAUAUACAAGGUUCUACUCUUUGCUAUAAGGACGGCCCCCAGUUACCGCCUUUGAGCUUUACAACCACGUGUAUAGAGUAUGGACGUUACGUCAUCUUUUACAACGAACGACUAGAUGAAGUGUUUUAUCCAGAAGGUUACGAACUUACCAAUGUCUUCACUGAACUAUGUGAAGUCGUUGUACAAGGAUGUAAUAGACCUGGUAUGUACGGCAGUAACUGUGACAUCCUUUGUCCCACCAACUGUAAAUACAACACAUGUCACAUUCAGCAGGGAACCUGUUUUGGGUGUAAGCCUGGAUGGACGGGGAUAUCCUGCAACACAAAGUGUAGUGAAGGCUGGUAUGGUGAUAAUUGUCGUCACCAGUGUCUGGGACAUUGCAGAGAUAACACUACUUGUAACCACGUGACUGGACAGUGUGCACGAGGAUGCGCAGCUGGAUGGACAGGAACAUUAUGUGAUAGAGAUUUGUCUGUGUUGUGUGAUGACGGGACCUAUGGACAUGACUGCAAAAACAACUGUAGUGGUCACUGUAUGAAUGGUUCCCAGUGUAACAAACAUACUGGAUACUGUGAUGAAGGAUGUAUCCCGGAAUAUAUCGACAGCGACUGUAACAGAGAGUGUGAACUGGGAUAUUACGGUAAAAACUGUUCCCUGGCCUGUUCACCAAAUUGCAAAACUUGUCGGCACACAAAUGGUAUUUGUUCCUGUAAGGCGGGUUGGAGGGGUCAUAAUUGUAAAACAGAAUGUUUCAAGUCCUAUGGAGAAAAUUGUCAAUAUCCUUGCAGUGAACACUGCAUUGACCAUAAGUGUGACAGGUUCAACGGAAAAUGUCUGUACCUAAACUGCACUACUGAGCUUAGACAACGUGGUCGUAUGGCUGGAUUUUCUUUGUAUAUAUCAGCCACUGGUGAAAUACAGGAUUCUGCACUUUGCUACAAAGACGGACCCCACUUACCGCCCCUUAACUUUACAACCACGUGUAUAGUGUACGGGCGCUUCGUCAUCUUUUACAACGAACGAUUAGACGUAGAGAUGUACCCUACUGGAUAUGAAAUAAACAAUGUUUACACUGAACUGUGUGAAGUGAUAGUAAAAGGAUGUAAUAGUCUUGGUAUGUAUGGCAGUGACUGUGAUAUACCAUGUCCAGUGAACUGUGAAUACAACACAUGUCACAUAGAAAAUGGAUCCUGUUUUGGAUGUAAACCUGGUUGGAUAGGAAAAUCCUGUAACAUAAAGUGCGAGCUGGGAUAUUACGGUAAAAACUGUUCCCUGGCCUGUUCACCAAAUUGCAAAACUUGUCGGCACACAGAUGGUAUGUGUUCCUGUAAGGCGGGUUGGAGGGGUCAUAAUUGUACAACAGAAUGUUUCCAGUCCUAUGGAGAAAAUUGCCAAUAUCCUUGCAGUGAAAACUGCAUUGACCAUAAGUGUGACAGAUUCAACGGAAAAUGUCUGUGUAAUGGUAAACAUGGCACAGAUAGCUUACCGAGUUUUCGUAAGGAGGAUACAACAGAGUGUGUAUUUUGGAUUGUUGCGUUUUCAUUAUCACUUGCCACUAGCAUCAUAUUUAUAUCUACCACAUUCAUUUUACAAAGGAAGUUAUUUCUACAACAGAAGUCUGCAGCAGGUGACGUUAAUCUUUAUUUGCGUUGUGGAUCUAAUGCAGAACAGACUGUUAGCACAGAUGAUGCAUCUCACUAUCAAGAUCUCCGUGUUUCACAGAUCGAGAACACAUAUCAAACUAUAAAUCAGCAAUGACUUUGUCUGAUUGGGACCAUGCAACUUUAUAGACUGAAUGUAAUCUUAAAGGUCUGGAAAUAUGACUGCAUUGCAGAUAUAUGUCAUUUAGUUACAUGAGUUUUUAUCUUGAGUAAACAAGAAUUAUGAAACUCGAAUUCUUCUUCCAAAUUGGCAUUGUAGUGAAAGAAUCAAAGUACUGAAGUACUGACGGGAGUUGAUUUUAUUGAUUAUUUUUAUGCUAUAAUCAACGAUAUGUUAUUUUGGUUGGCAAGUACACUGUAGUUUCUUAGAUGUGUAUAUGAAUAAUAUUGCGCACAUUUUUUCUAAUAUGAUUUUUUUUUAGCUUUUCCAGCAAGAAUUCUGAGCUGCAUGUAUAGAAUG